AUGGGCGUGUGUGUGUGUGUGUGGCAAGAAGGACUGAUCACGAAUUCGGCAUGGAAGGACUAUUCGGCGGCCACGGGAAGCACUAAUUACGCCUACGAGCACUUUGAUCCGGACGAGCGCGGGAAGCGAGGCACUGGAUCGCGUCCGCGGCCGCCGCCGGGGGCCCGAAACGGAUCCGCCGCCGCCGCCGCCGUGGCGGGCUUCUCUUCGGCGCCUUACGGCGACUCGAGGUCUCUCCAGCGCCCGUCCAAGAACGGCGUCGCCACCGGCGUCGUCAAAGGUGACCGGCAUACCAACUCGCUACCCAGGCCGAGUUACGGUGCCCCGAGUCAUCACCCGGCGGGUUACUACACCAACGACCGUUCACUGAGGAAUUCCUACGCUGGCCCAUCUUCGUCUUCGUCCCAAGCACCAGACUUCUACUUCAUGCCAUCACAGAGAAAGUACUCUGGGGAAAUUGUCAGGGUUUAUGUCGACUACAACCAGCAGCAUAAAUAGGAAGCAUCGUCAUCUCGUUUUUUUUUUUUGUGGGCUAUUUUUCUUCCAGGGCGGUUUUUUUCUUUCUGUCCACACUCUUGUUUGUUUUUCUGAUUGCUCACAAACAAGAAAAACAAAAUGAUGUUUCAGUCACAACUUUUUUUGAUAUUUCUAUAAAUUUUAUUUUUAUUUCGCUAUUACGGCAGGAAAUGUUUGCCGCGAGUCUAAUGUUAUUCCAUUAUUUUUUUUCCUUUCAAACUGAGCGUUCGGGGAUUUUUCGCCCACUGCGAUAUUUUUUUUUUGGCGUUAUUUCUAAACGUCAUUUUGAAUCUAUAUCGUGUGAAAUUUAUGUUCCUCUAAAGUUUUAGCAAAAGCAUUGUUCGUGAUGUGACGUCUUCAUGCUUGUUUUUUUUUUUUCUUCUCGAAGCAGGUUGUUAGUGCGGUGAAUCAUUAUUAUUUUUUGUAAGACUGGGGAUGUCCGCGGGUUCAUUUGCUUUUUUUUGUGGGAAUGUUUGAAAGUUUUUCACGUGCGAGACUUUCUUCUCCUUUCGGAAGAGGGAAGGGAAAGUCUGAAGAUUUUUUUUUUCGCAAUUUCAAAUGAAUUUGCCUCAUCCCGCCUGAAGUGAGAGAAAAUAGCAUUUUUCUCUGGCUUUUUCUUAUAGAUUUUCUGAUAUUUGUUUUUGGUUUUUAGUGGCUUAGAUGUUCUCAAAGGUGCCAUAAAAGCGUAAUGACAUCAAACCCGCAGAUUCUCUUUGACCAUGAGGAAGACGCGAGUUUUUCUAAAAAAGGAAAUUC